AAACUAGGUCAUAUAUAUGAUUUUAAUAUAAAUAAUCAUGGCUUUGUUGGUCUUGUAGCACGGGCACAUCAUCAUGAAUCAUGGGGACCAAUAAUUGUUGAAGAAUGGUUACCAUCUUCUGAUAAAGUGCCUUAUUUAGAACAUGUUCAUGUUUUGUUUAUGCAUUGGUAUGUUUCCUUUAAUCCUGGUCAUGUCAUUUGGGAAGAUAUAGCUUCUACUUACUUUGCUAUGAUUAGGCUAAAUGAAUAUGAUAGAAAUGCUGUUCUUAUUGAAUAUCGACAUUUUCCAAAUAAAGGAGAUCAAUUCUAUCGAAUGUAUGAAAACUUAGUUCCUGCUUUUGCUGCAAAAUUUGAUAGUCUUGAUCAUUAUUUGAAUAAUUUUUCCUCAUCUCUUGUAUGUUUUCAAACUCUUAUAGCUGGUGGUGCCAAGUCAAUGUUUUCUAUAGACAAUGAGCCAUAUACACAUGGAAAAGAAAGACUUCUCUAUGAUUAUCGUACUGCUAUUCCGCGAUAUCAUGGUGUCAAUGUAUCUCAUUUACCAACACAUCAUCGUAUUAUACUUGUUAACAAAACUCGAGCAUGGCGUCGUAGUUUACGUGCAAUAAAAAAUCUUGUCGAAGUUAAACACUUUAUAUCGUCAACAUAUCCAAAGAUACAGCUUGAUGUUAUUGAUUGGAAUAAAUUUACAUUUGCUCAACAAAUGCAUGAAUUAUACAAAACAACAAUACUAAUCACACCUUGUGGUGGUAUCUCAACAAUAAUACCAUUUUUACCUGAUGGAACACAUGCAAUCAUAAUGGAUUUCUAUGGUAAUAAACAAGCAUAUGCUAAAGGGGCGAGAUACAAGAUUGGAGAAUCAGCUUCGAUGUAUGCAGCUCUUUGA